AUGAAGAAAUUUAAUGGAACAGAAGUAACAGAAUUUGUUUUUGUGAUUUUUGCCUUUAAUCCAAGUGUCAACUACCUUGUCUUUUCCAUCUUUCUUCUAGCUUAUAUCUUACUCCUUAUUGGGAAUAUUUUGAUCAUUUUGACUAUCAGAGCAGAUCAUCGUCUUCAUAAUCCAAUGUAUUUCUUCCUUGGUAAACUCUCCUUCAUUGAUCUCUGCUAUUCAAGUGUAACAGUGCCCAAGAUGCUGGUUGAUUUUCUUUCUGAUAGAAAAACUAUUUCGUUCAACGGCUGCAUCGCUCAACUUUACUUCUUUCACUUUUUUGCCUGUGCAGAAUGUUUUAUUUUUACAGUUAUGGCCUAUGAUCGCUAUGUAGCUAUAUGCAAACCCUUGCAAUAUUCCACCAUAAUGAGUAAACAGCUUUGUCUAUGGCUGGUAGCAGUAACCUGGGCUAUUAGUUUUGUUCAUUCUAAUAUCCAGACAACAUUAACAAUGGGGUUGUCAUUCUGUGGCCCUAAUGAAAUUGACAGUUUUUUUUGUGACAUCCCACCAUUGAUCAGGCUUGCAUGCACUGAUACAACCAUGAUUGAUGCUAUGAUAGUGGCCAACAGUGGGAUUGUAUCACUAAGUUGCUUUUUGACUGUCUUAAUAUCAUAUAUUGGCAUAGGUAAGGCUAUCUUUAGAAUACGCACAGCUGAAGGACGACACAAAGCCUUUUCAACUUGUGCUUCCCAUCUUACUGUGGUGACCUUUUUUUUUGGACCUUGUGUCUUUAUUUACAUGAGACCAUCAAAGUCUUUUCAAUCAGAUGAAGUGGUCAUUGUGUUCUACACAAUCAUAGCCCCGAUGUUGAACCCAUUUAUCUAUACCUUGAGGAACCAGGAGAUGAUAACGGCUAUGAAAAAACUCCAAGCAGGCAGACUGUAUGUAUGA